AUGGCUCCCGGUUCAAUGAAAGAGACCAUCAAGGCUCUCGACAACACCUUCGGUGCUUCUGACGUACCAUACCCACUGCCUGAAGAGCUCUGUGCGACUAUACAGAGCUUCCUCGACCGCUACGAUAACAUCGACGACCACGAUUCGCAGCGCUUCCAUGAAGACCUUCACGCUCUGUACCAACGACAUGUCGCAGAGCACGCGCCUAAACACGGCGCAUUCCUCUCUGCACUGAGACUUGUGCGCCCAGCUCUCACCGGUGAGGCAAGGUUAACGACAUGGUGGAACCUGGUCCUGAAGCCUACAAUCGACGGGAUAGGGCACAAAAGGCACGCGAUUGAGGAUGCAAGAGAGGUUGUACAGAGCAUACUGGUGUACGACGCUGAAGAGGAUCAAAAUGGAGAUCGUGCACGAGUGUCGAGCCUCCUUACUCAAAAGAUUUUGGAUGCAUACCUCCGUCGAACGAACGUUUCCAACUCGGCGGAUAACGUCGUGUCCCCAGAGAACGAAUUCAUCGCCAACGAGCUUGAGAGUGUCCUUGUAACUUUUGGCCGAAAGAUGCCAAAGUUGCUGUUAUCCGCUCUCGAUGAGCUGUUCGUACAGAAACAACAUCGUAUGCAAGCGCUGGGUCUACUAAGCGCUUUCGUGCGUCUGCAACCUCCUCAUCUGCACCUAGUCCUUGACACUUCACUCCUACAUCAUUUAGAGAAAUGUCUGCUUAUCGAUACCUCCACAACUGUCAUCGAACUUGCCCUAGUGGUUUUGAUCAUGCUUUUGCCCCAUAUCUGUGGAGCUCUGACCUCCAACCACCACCUCCCGAAGCUGUUUCUGAUUUACAGCAGGGUUCUUUGUUGGGACAAGCUAAGCAAACUGGAUGACCAAAACAUGGCACAUGAGCAUGGUGAAAAAGACUUCGAAGACAGCGAGGAAGAACAGGACGACGAAGAGAAUGAUCAAGCAUGGGAGCAGCUACAACCGGUCGAAGGGGAAGAGGAAGGUUCUCCGACACUGAUGCACUACUUCACCUUCCUGUAUGGUCUGUUUCCGCUGAACUUCAUGAGUUUCAUCAGGAGAUCUAGGAAAUAUCUGAAGUCGCUCAAUUUCCCAGGCGCCCAGGACUUCGAUCUUGAUCAGGAUCUUAUUCACAGUCGGACCGAACCUUACCGACUUGUUCAUCUACUGCACCCAAAUAUAUUCACGACCACAAUCGAAGAAGAAUUGAGCGAAAACAGGUGGCUAAAGAGCGAUCCAGCGGAUGUUGUCACCGAUUGCAUGGAUCUCUGCGUGGCAGUGUCAGCAACGCUAGAGGAUCCAGGGCCACCUCCAGCCUCCAAGUUACCGCCCAUACCACCUCUCCCUGAAGUCCCAGCAGAAUUCGUCCUUGACGACUCUGAUAUCAGCUGGAGGAACACCCAGUCGACAAUGUUUGUUCCCCCUGAAGAGAGGCCCAGCAUGCCUGACACUGUCGAGAUGCCGUUGAGAUCGAAGUCGGUGGCUUCUGUCCAAUCCUUCAAAUCAGCAUCACCUCUCUUGAAGACUCACGAUACGAUGGACUCGCCAACACUACCACCCACAAAGGACGCUAUGAAGCAGACGUUGCUGAAUGCAUCUACUGCACCUGAGCAGCGACAAUUUCACCCGCAGCCAAACCUUGACAGCUUUGCUCGCUCUGUAACGGGCACAAGUUCGCCCUCACAUCCACACCUCGACUCUCCCAAUCAGUCCAUGGCAUCAUUGCAGCGAGAAAUUAUGUUACUCCGUAACGAUCUGAAUUUUGAACGCUACCUUAAGCUACAACACCUAUCACAUAUCGGUCAGCUGCAGCGAAAGCACAUCAGAGAGGCUGCAGUCGAAGCGGACACUCAGAACUUGAUCAACGCCAACAAGACUUUGAAAGCUAGACUUAACAAGGCAAAUGAGCUAUAUGCGCAAUUGAAGAAGGAAACACUCACUAGUCGCAACCAGUCCAAGAAGUGGGAGAGCGAUCUCAACGCGAAGGUUCGAACGUACAGAGACAGCGAGAAGACAUGGCAUAGCGAAGAGGACAAGCUGCGAUUUGAGCUGCAAAGGACACAGUCCGAUUACGAACACCUGAAGAGGAUUGUAGAAAAGGCUGAAGCAGAGCAGUUGAGGGCUGAACAACGGACAAGAGCUCUGGAGUACGAGCUGGAAGACUACAGCAACGUGCGCCACGAGCUCAAGACUGCGCAACAGAAGAUUAUAGAGUACGAGGAUCAGACUCAAGAUCUCCACUUACUCACCCAGCAACGUAACGACUUGCGUAACGACCUCGAAAUAGCGAAUAUGCGCCUGAACAGUCGUGAGGCAGAGCGUGAACAUUCCGUCACAGCCUAUGAACGGCGCAUAAUGACGCUUGAGCAACGCUUGCAGGCAACGGAAAGGACGGUGGGUCCACCCGGACAGCUGUCAUCUUCUGUUCAGCAGAUGCUCGACUCUGUGCUUGCUGCAAGCCACGCGAAGCUGCAAAGUCUGAAGAAGGCGCAUCAGAAUCUUGCAACACAGCACACAGAUCUGCAGAUGAAGUACCAAGACCUUGAAGCUGAGCACCAGGCUGCACUGGGGCGCUUCAGCACACACGAAAAGACAGGGCACCACGAGUAUGCGCAGUCACAGCUAAGUCGCAACUCUAGCUUGCGUGAAGCGAACAGCUACGGCUCACAACAUUUGCCUCCGUUGUCGACCCAAACGCCUAUUAAUGAGGAACGCGAGUAUUUCUCCGAAUACCACUCCCCAAACUCAGUGAGCAGCCCAAACUCAGCUAUCUCAUCAGCGGCGCAACGCCCGCCUCGAUUAGACUCCAUGCCAAGUCAUGGCAGUCAGCGAUCUCAAAGGUCACCUCCGGGUCCUUCAAUGUACCCUGCAUUCGGCGGAUCCCUCCACCCGGACCUUUACGAACCCCAGGCAUUAGCCAGAAGUAACGCUGCCGUUCAGUCAAGUGGCAAGAGUAGUCUCUCGGUCGACACAGAUGGUAGCGGUGGCCGAGCCGACAAAGACAAGGUAGAGGCGAAGUCUGAGGUCAGGGUAUACGGUCGUGGUGGCGCUCAAAACAUUGGAAAGAAAGUCAAAGACAAGGAACAAAAGAAGUCUUCUUCAUCCAAAACGGGAGGCUUCCGCGGUCUUAGAGGUAUCAUGUGA